GCCAUCUGUGGGACAGGAGCUAGAUGUGAAGCGCCGCUGGAAUCCAGGAACUCUGACCGUGGAGGUGCUGGUUGCCUGAGCUUUCUAAUGACCGCAGUCUGGAAUAUUACUGGGCAGCACCUGUGAAGCAGAGCAGAGUCCAUUGUGCUGAAGGUGUUCUAUAAUGUGAGAUGAAGGCAUUCACAGUCGAACAAAGAAAUACAGUAGAAUCAGUGAAAAACAACACGUAAACAAAGACUGAAAAAGCAACGUGCCAAAGAAGACAAACUGCAAACAUAAUAAUAAGUAAACAAAUAAUACUGAGAACAUGAGCUGUAGAGCCCCGCAAGGUCAUCGACGGACAUUAAGGAAUAUGGAAAAGUACGAAUAUCUGGGCAUGCUAGGUGAAGGGAGCUAUGGAAUGGUCACAAAAUGCAGGAAUAAGGAAAAUGGAAGGAUUGUUGCCAUCAAAAAAUUCCUGGAGGGUGAUGAUGACAAAUUCGUGAAAAAAAUAGCCAUGAGGGAAAUACGGUUAUUAAAGCGGCUUCGACAUGAGAACCUGGUCAGUCUGCUGGAAGUCUUCAAGAAGAAAGGUCGCUGGUUCCUGGUUUUUGAGUACAUGGACCGCACGCUCCUGGAUGACUUGGAGCAGUUUCCCAAAGGGCUUGACUACAGCAGAGUCAGGAGCUACCUGUUUCAAAUCCUGCGGGGCUUGGCCUUCUGUCACAGCCACAACAUCAUUCACCGUGACAUCAAGCUGGAGAACAUCCUGGUGUCUGAGCGCAGAGUGCUCAAACUGUGUGACUUCGGCUUUGCCCGUACCCUGGCAGCCCCAGGGGAGGUACACACCGAGUACGUAGCGACCCGUUGGUACCGCGCACCAGAACUCCUAGUGGGAGACUCCACCUAUGGCAAAUCAGUGGAUGUUUGGGCCGUGGGUUGCCUGGUGACAGAGAUGUUGACAGGAGAGCCGCUUUUCCCUGGAGAUUCUGAUAUCGAUCAGUUAUAUCUCAUUAUCAGGUGCCUUGGAAAUUUAACUCCAAGACACCAGGAACUUUUCUACAAGAAUCCCCUCUUUGCUGGACUACGUCUUCCCAUAAUCACAGAAACCAAACUUCUUGAAGAACGCUAUCCUAAAAUACCCCUGAUGGUCAUUGAUUUGGUAAAGAAAUGUUUGCACAUUGAUCCGAAUAAAAGAUCAUCGUGUACUGAGUUGCUGGAGCAUGAGUAUUUCACAAAGGACAGCUUCCCUGACAGAUUUACGCAGGACUUUGAGACUCACACUCUGCAGGACUGGAAAGGUAACCUUCCAAUACCAAAAAAAUCAAUAACUGGCAAGAAGAAUAUGGAGGAAGUGAUGGAAAGCCAGAAGAAUUUUGAGGUGGAUUCAAAGGUUGAAGACGCAGAGCCAAAAAGCAGGGAUGGUAAACCCGAUAGUAAAGCUCUCAGAAUCAAAGCAUCAGAAGCUGUCUGUGAGAAAGUUGCCACACUGGAGAGAGCCCAGGAUGCUCCAAGUCAAAACGCCGGUUACUGUGCGAGUCCCUGCAUUCAGAACACAAAGAAACUCUUCUCUCCAGGUUUGGGCAAGGAACAGACCUCAAACAACUAUCAAAAGCCAUCGGCUGUUGUCAUCGUCCCUCCCAUUAGCCAGGGUCACCCCUCUGCCCUGCAGCUAGCGGGGAGCCCGUGGACUGGAGCUUUGGGACCACCCAACUUCUGGUCCAACCUUAAGAUGAAGAGGCACAAAAACCUGCAGGGGAAUCUUCAGCAGCUGCCUCACACCAGACCUAUCGACCUGCUCUUAAACAGCCAGCUCCAACACAAGAAGGCAGAUAGUUACGCCCAGCUGGAGAGAAUGGGAAACUCUGGCAGGAAGCAGCGGGAGGCUUGGAGACCUGAGAGGGAGGGAAUCCACUUCCCGGAUCUCAGCAGCAGGUGUCACGUUGCCGACCCCAUCACCAGAGAAGUGAAGAAUGACAGGAGCUUUCCCAAAUACAUGGUGCAAGGACGUAGUGACCCAGUGCAAACCACCUUCCUGGCCAAUAGCAAUCCAUCAGCCAACAAGGUUAGAGACAACACUGGUGAUCGCACCAGUGUCACAGGGUUCUUUUGAAGACCCUGACCUGGAGUUACACGCAGGCUUCGGUUCUUUGCGGGAAUGGGACCCGUUCUCGGGGUUCCACAACUGGCCGUUAUUCGACAUGCCAAGGAUUUGGCCUGAGUGUCUCAAUCAUGUUCGGAAGUCUAAGAUCUCGGGGGUCUGGAGAUGGGCGGAUCGAGGGUCGGUGUCACGGCAGGAGACUCGUGUGUCGUUGGGGAGGCCAGGAAAUCUUUCACUGUGGGCCCGAAGACCCGAGGUGUUUGCGAUCUUUGGACACAGAGCUUGAGAAAAGUGACAAAAUGGACUUUUAACAUUGUAAACCAGCGGGUGGUUGUUAUGUCUCCCGCUCGCUGUGAAAAUGAGGGAUACUUUCUCUCCCUUGCCAGGGAGAGAGCGAACCUGUGGUUUGUCGAAUGUCAGAUGAAAUGCGAAGCCUUUGGGGUAACAUUGGUCUGUGUCUUUGCUAUCGCUUAGCACACGCUUGUGCUCGGUAGCAGGUGCGCUUUUUGUUUUG